GAGGGGGCCGGGGGCCCCCCGUGGUCCAUUGACGGAUCCAACCAAAAGGCGCUUUGCGCGUCAGAGCAGAGGAAUGGAGCGGACCGAGGCUGCAGCUGCAGUGACGCGCGGUGGAAAUACGCGCAGUGAGACCUCCACUGGCGCUCGCUGGCAGCUCCGCUCCUAACUGCAGUUUUCACAGGUGAAAGUCCAGCCGGGAAUGCAGCAGUGAAAUCCUCCGUGUGGGACCAGUCGGGAGUGUUGCCGCAUCGCCCCAGACGCCGCCGGGCACCAUGUUCCACCAGCCGACCGACCAGGCGGUGAACGCCAGCUGCCAGGCGGACACCUCCGCGUGCAACGGGAGCGCGGACGGGGACGCGCUGCAGCUGCCCACUUUCUCCACCGCCGCCAAAGUCCGAGUGAUCAUCACCUUCGCGCUGUGCGCCGUGUCGGCGGUGUGCAACCUGGUGGUGCUGUGGGCGGCCGGCCACGGCGGCAAGCGCAAGUCCCACGUCCGCAUCCUCAUCAUGAACCUGACGGCGGCGGACCUGCUGGUGACCUUCAUCGUGAUGCCCGUGGACGCGGCGUGGAACAUCACGGUGCAGUGGCAGGCGGGGGACGUCGCCUGCCGGCUGCUGAUGUUCCUGAAGCUGGUGGCGAUGUACUCGUGCGCCUUCGUGACCGUGGUCAUCAGCCUGGACAGGAAGUCCGCCAUCCUCAACCCGCUGGGCAUCAGCGAGGCCAAGAGGAAAAGCAAAAUCAUGCUGACCGUGGCCUGGACGAUGAGCUGCGUCCUCUCGCUGCCCCAGAUGUUUAUAUUCCACAAUGUGACCAUCACAGUCCCAGAGAACUUCACCCAGUGCACCACCCACGGCAGUUUUGUCCAGCACUGGCAGGAGACCCUCUACAACAUGUUCACCUUUGUGUGCCUCUUCCUCCUGCCUCUGGUCAUCAUGAUCUACUGCUACACGCGGAUCCUUGUCGAGAUAUCCAGCCGCAUGGCACGGAAUAACUUGGUGUCGAGAGACGUCCACCUCCGCCGAUCUCACAACAACAUCCCCAAAGCUCGGAUGAGGACUCUGAAAAUGAGCAUCGUCAUUGUGACGUCAUUCAUCAUCUGCUGGACACCGUACUACCUGCUCGGCCUGUGGUACUGGCUGUUCCCUGAAAAAAUGGAGGAGACGGUUUCCCAUUCGCUGACUCACAUGCUGUUUAUCUUUGGGCUCUUCAACGCCUGCCUAGACCCAAUUACUUAUGGUCUGUUCACCAUCCAUCUUCGCCAGGGUCUUAAGAGAUGCUGUCAAAGUUCAAACACACGGACCGAAUUUGAAAAUAACACUUGCCACGUACACAUGGCGCGCCUGUCAUCCCACAGGCAGAUUGCCUCAAGUGGCAACAAUACAGACAUAGAAGAGGGAAACAACAAGAACAGCAAGGAAAGAGGCUCAAGACCAAUCAUCCCAGUGAGCAGGCUCCCUUAAAGAAUUUAAUGAAAAGAAUCUCUGCCUCUUAUCUGUGCUGAUCUUAGUCUAGCGUUGACGGCUAGUUCGGUGAUUUUGCUUUGAAAGAUCCACGAAAAUAUUGUGUCUUUUUCUCAGAUGAAAAAGCGCAAAGUUUUGCUCCACUGAUCAGUAAGUCAGUGCUGUGUUACAGUAAAGCUGGUUCAUCCUACUCACUGUCUUGAAUGCCACUGAUCCGAUUUUGACAAACCGUUGCAGUGUGACACAGGUUGUUGCUCCUCUGCAUAAAAUGAUGAUUGACUGAGGUUGACGCUGCGCAUCAGGCUGAUGUCUCACACGCCGCUGAACAGAUUUUCCGGAAGCUUAAAAGCCCAUGAGUUCAAAUUCAGGUCGAGCUGAUGACAAAUCUGUUCAAAGUCCCUCUAAAUUGACUGAAAAUGUCUUGCACCCAAAUAUUUCAGCAUCACUCUUCGAGUCGAAAAACAACUUUGCCAAAUUGAAAGGUAUUCACAGCUACAACACGUACACGCACAAAAACCUGUACAUUCUCAACAGACAAACACUGAUCUUGACAUUCACUUUAUUGUUACUUUCAAAGAAACAAAGGAAACACACUGUGCGGUUGUCAUUAGAUCAACUAUGAUGUGUGAUUAAAAUAAUUCCCUGUCAGGUAAAAUUGAGGUUUCACAGUUUGACAUUUUAAUUAUUUGUCUGUUUUUUUGCUAUAAGGUCGUGUGCUCCUUAGCUUAUUGACUGAAAAUUGCUCUACUCCAACUUGUCAUUCAUGGUGAUUUGUUUGCAGUAUAUAAAACUUGUUUCAUUGUAAAAAAUGAAUGUUAUAUCAUGAUCUUCAUUGACCAUGACAGCGUUUUAAUGAAGUGUGUUAUGGAAUACUGUAGUAUGUAUUGAAUGUACCUGCAGAACAUGCUGCUUAAUUUGCUCAAUUUGUUCGAGAUCAGUUCAGAUCAGUGUUGACUGUGUUGCACCAGAAAAAAAAAAAAAACCCCACCGGAGAAACGGCUCUGUAAAGAAACUGUUAUUCAUCAUGACAGUUCGUAUAUUUCAUAUUCAUAUUAGUGGCGUGACUUUCUGUGACUAAGAAAUGUAUAAGAAAACAGAUUAAUUCAAAUUAUAAACUUCGUUAAUAAUAUAAAGUGAAUGGUAAACGGGUAUUUAACUUAUAUGUGUUGCUAAAAACACCAAGAGGGAAUAAUGUUGUUUGUUUGCAUGAUAUUGUUAUGUUAUUGUUAUAUUGUUAUUUUCUGCAAAUUAUGCAAGAUGUGGUGAUGUAAACUUGCAAAUGUGCUUCUCUGUUGAAUUGAAUAAAUCACUCUCUCUUUACAUUGCACUGGAUGAUGCACAAACUGUU